AUGCGAAAUUCUCCUACAGAUAUUAACCAAAAGCACCCAAUUAUUCUUCCCGGUCCUAAAUCGUGUCAAAUCACCACACUCUUAUUACGACAUUAUCACGACAGAACACACCAUCAGGGACGAGGUAUUACUAUAAAUGAACUUAGAGCAAACGGGCUUUGGAUUCUAGGUUGUAGUAAGGCAGUUAGUAAUUUAAAUUAUCACUGUCUGACAUGUCGCAGGCUCCGCAGUAGAGCCCAGGAGCAAAACAUGGCAGAUCUUCCUACGGAUAGGGUUGACCCCUGUCCACCAUUUACUUAUUGUGGUGUGGAUUACUUUGGUCCAUUUCUAGUAGAGGAAGGCAGAAGGGAAUUAAAGCGGUAUGAUGUCAUUUUUACUUGCUUAACAUGUAAAGCAGUCCACAUGGAAAUUGCAAACACUCUAGAUACUGAUUCCUUUAUCAAUGCUCUUCGUCGAUUUCUAUCGGUCAGGGGUCCCAUUCGUCAGUUGCGAUCAGAUCGUUGCACCAAUUUUAUUGGUGCUGAGAGAGCUCUUAGAGAAGCUGUUUCUGAAUUACACGAGAAUCGUAUUGCGCAAUUCUUGUUAAAGGAAGGUUGUGACUAUUUUACCUUUAAGAUGAAUGUCUCAUCCGCAAGCCACAUGGGCGGGGCUGUGUAUGGGUAA